CACGUGACACCGGAAACGGUCUGUGCAGAGGAGCCGCUGCUAACUGUGUGAUUUCAGCGACCCGUCCACGUCAGGCCAGCAUGUCGCGCCCCCGCCAGCCCCCGCUGGUCACCGGCAUCUCGCCCAAGGAGGGCGCAGCCUGGACCAAAGUCACCAUCCGAGGGGAAAACCUGGGCACCGGACCAGCCGACCUCAUCGGUCUGUCGAUCUGCGGCCACAACUGCCGGCUGACAGCCGAGUGGAUGUCCGCCAGCAAGAUAGUGUGCCGCGUGGGCCCCGCCAAAGACGACAAGGGCGAGAUCAUCGUCACCACCAAGUCCGGCGGCCUGGGCACCUCCACCGUCUCCUUCAAGCUGAUCCGGCCGGAGAGGAUCGGUAUCCUGGACCAGUCUGCCGUGUGGGUGGACGAGAUGAACUACUACGACAUGAGGACGGACCGCAACAAAGGCAUCUCCCCCCUCUCGCUGCGGCCCGCCAAUCCGCUGGGCAUCGACAUAGACAAGGGUAAAAUCCCACAGAAAGACAUGGAGCUGACAUUUCCAGGAAUGAGUGGAGACUUCACCAGUGAGAACUUCUCCGCCACCUGGUACCUCAUCGAAAACCACGCCGGCUCCAAUUUCGAGCAGCUGAAGGUUGCGGCCGCUAACCUGAAGAAACAUUCUACGAAGAAGAACGAGGGAAGCCUGUCCUCGGUGAAAGGAGGCCUCAGUACCUUCUUUGAGGCUCAGGAUGCUUUGUCAGCGAUCCACCAGAGACUUGAAUCUGAUGGCACAGAGAAAGUGGAGGGAUCCAUGACCCAGCGCCUGGAAAACAUCCUCAACAGAGCGAGCGAUACCGCCGAUACGCUCUUCCAGGAGGUCCUGGGGAGGAAAGACAAGGCUGACUCCACACGCAAUGCGCUCAACGUCCUGCAGCGCUUCAAGUUCCUCUUCAACUUGCCUCUCAACAUUGAACGCAACAUCCAGAAGGGAGAUUAUGAUGUGGUGAUCAAUGACUACGAAAAAGCUAAAUCUCUCUUCGGGAAUACUGAAGUCCCUGUUUUCAAGAAAGUAUAUGAGGAGGUGGAGACCAGAAUUGGCGCCCUGAGGAGCCUCUUGUUGGAGAAGCUGCUGCAGACGCCGUCAACCCUUCACGACCAGAAGAGAUACAUCAGGUACCUGUCCGACCUGCACGCCCCGGGCGACCCCGCCUGGCAGUGCAUCUACGCUCAGCACAAGUGGAUCCUGCAGCUGAUGCAGAACUGCCGGGACGAGUUCAUCAGCGGCCAGAGAGUGGGUGUGGGAGCCGUGGAGCCGGAGGGGGACGCCCGGCCCGCCGCCCUCGCCAGGCUCGGCCACACGCCGUCGCUGAAGAGAGGCGGCAGCCUGCGGACGCCACGACCCAGCACGUGGCGCUCCGAGACCCCGCAGCAGGUGCAGUUUGUGGAGAAGCUUUCGGACGUGGUGAUCGGUCAGCUGCCCAACUUCUGGAAGCUGUGGAUCUCCUACGUCAACGGAAGCCUGUUCAGCGAGACCGGCGAAAAGUCUGGACAGGUGGAAAAAUCUAAGAAGAACGCCAGGCAGAGGCAGAACGACUUCAAAAAAAUGAUCGAGGAGUUGACCAACCGGCUGGUGAAGCUGAUCCGCGGCGCCCUGCUUCCCGCCACGCUGCCCCAGGCGGAGCUCGGCCUGUACGCCGGCUGGGAGAGCAAGACGGAGCUGACGGGCGCCUGGCUCACUCAGAUCAUACACACCGUCAGAGGCUGCCACGACGCCCUGUCCGCUCUGGAGAUCCCCAACGACAUGCUGCAGGUGAUCCAGGACCUGCUGCUGGACCUGAGGGUCCACUGCCUCAUGGUGACGCUGCACCACACCACGGAGGAUGUGAGACGGCUCGCUGAGAAAGAGGACUGGGUGGUGGACAAUGAGGGAAUCACCAGCCUGCCCUCUCAGUUCGAGCAGUGCAUGAUCCAGAUGCUGCAGUCACUCAAAGAGCCUCUGGACAUCAAAGCGGGAGAAAUCAAUGUGUUGCAGCUGGACCAGGUCCAGGACCAGGCUGCAGAGCUCAGUGUGAGCAUCAUGAAGGUGUUCAUAACCUGCUUGGAGCAGCUGAGCACGAAGUCGGAUGGAGACGGCGAAGCCUCCCACAGCAUGUCGGUGGACCUGUCCUCCCCUGAUCACUUCUCUGGCAUCCAAGAGGGCUUCACUCCCACAUCUGAGCAGCGUCUGCUCAUCAUCCUCAGUAACUGCCAGUACCUGGAGAGACACACCUUCCUCAACCUGGCCGACCACUUUGAGAAGCACGGCUUUACCGGCACCGAGAAGAUCACCCGGGUGAGCGUGGACGCCGUGCGGGAGCUGGACCGGAAACUCUUUGAGGCGUACAUCGAGCGGCGAGCCGACCCCAUCGCCGGCUCCCUGGAGCCCGGCAUCUACGCCGGGUACUUCGACUGGAGGGACUGCCAGACGCCGUCAGGAGUCAGGAACUACCUGAAAGAGGCUCUCGUCAACAUCAUCACCGUCCAUGCUGAGGUUUUCACCGUCUCCAAGGACCUGGUUCCCCGGGUUUUGUCCAAAAUUGUUGAGUCGGUUGCGGACGAGAUGUGUCGUCUCAUGCAGUGUGUGUCAUCCUUCAGCAAGAACGGAGCUCUGCAGGCCCGCCUCGAACUCUGCGCCCUGAGGGACGCCAUAUCCACGUACCUCAACUCUGACAGCAACGCCAGCUUCAAGCUGGCCCUGGACGCCCUGCCUCAGCUGCACAGCGGAGCCGAUAAAAAGUUGCUGGAGGAGCUGCUGAACAAGUUCAAGAGCAGCAUGCAGCUCCAGCUCACCUGCUUCCAGCCUUCUUCCUACCAGCCUGUCAAGAGAUGAACUCGGUCCACUCCCCUCUGACUCCAGACCUGCCCGCUCUCCCGCCGUCUUAUCUGUGGGCGCUCAUCUACUGAGCUUUAUCUAAUCUCAUCAGUUCUCACUUUGUUCGCUCUCACUUCUUAGCGUCACUUUCAUUUUGUGCUUUUCUGUAGAGAAUACUCAUCUGAUCCCGAAUCCGCCACAUGAGUUAAUUUCAUUGUUACUGUGCAGGACAGUCCCGUCUGCCACGGUUAUGCUAAUCAUUCACGGCCACUCGUGUAGCUCGUAGUAAAUGUGCAUGUGCCCGAUUAUUUAGGAGCUCUGCAGUGGUAUAUUCACCUUGCUUGACCUGGAGCGCUUGCUCAGACUGAAAUGAGUGCCAGAAUAUUAAAAAAAAAAAACAGUUGAAAAUGAAAAGUUGUUCUACAUGUUCUGCAUUGUGCCAUCUGUGUUACCCAAUGAAAU